AUGGGACAAAAACAAUCCGUAAUACAGCCCGCCUUCUUCUGCCCCACCACCGGCGCCGAGCUGCUCACCACCGCCGACCCCCUCGGCCUGUGCGCCCACUGCCAGGCCUGCCACGACCUGAUCUGGCAGUCGGUGUUUGUGUGCCCCAACACGGGCUACCGCGUCGACGCCCUGCGCGGCGGCCGCGGCCGCGAGUGCCCCUCCUGCUUCCAGCCCCACGAGCCCUACAGCAAGCGCGCCUUCGUCUGCCCCGUCACGGGGGCGUCUAUCCCCCACCCGCGCGAGACCGAGGGCAGGUGUCUGAAGUGUGGGAGGACGCAUGAGGAUAAUUCUACGCCGGUGGGGAGUCGGGAGGUUGUUGGGGGUGGGAGGGGGCUGGGGGGGAGGGGGUGA